AUGUCGUCUGAUCACGUUGACAGUCUGACGGACGCUUCCAACUUCUUUUACAUUUUACCAUUGCAAGCUUUACAUGGUCCCGUGGAACUUGUGAUGCCGACUCAUGGUCGUGAUAUUGCAUUUCGCACUAGUGGCAAAAAAAGUCGAGGUUGUGUGGUGAUGUUGUUAUACACUGCUUCUGGCGAGAAGAGUAGCAUAGAGAUCCCAUUUGUGCACAUCGAGAGCUUUGCGGUUGGUUUUCACGGUCAAUUUCGGUUUCGAAAAUAUUUGUUGCAAUGUAAUUUGACUAAUUAGUU